AUGUCUUGGAUCCAAUCGAGCCCCAUCUUUUAUCUUUUACUCGUUGUCCUGCUGGCGGGGGAUCUCGGGUCGCAUAUCUUUGCAAAUGCUAAUGCUAUAGAUUGCACCCGCGGAUGGAGCGUACCAACGCCCGCUGAAGAUAAUAAAUACCUGUGCAUGGUGAGACGUGCGGACGGAUUUGACAAAUAUCAUUGCGAAUGGUGUGGAAGAAAUGAUAAGGAACUACCUUCUGCGACUGCAUGCGCUGGUCCUCGUCUUGGACCAUUGCCUAACCAAGGAACACUCGCUUGCAAUGUCGGACAGGAUGAAAAUUAUUUAAACUGGAACCCAAGACCUAUCAUUUGUGUGCAUAGCAAUCCAGGCGACAAGCCGGUAAAGCACACUUGCAAAUACCCCAAAACGUGGCAACAAUGUCCUAGAGACAAGUGCAAACUAAUUCCAGGAUGA